AUGCUCACAGACACGCGCGCACACGUGCCGCCCUCCGCCUGCGGCAAGGCGCUCUGCUUUUGUGACGACGCCUACCCGCGGAUGCUGGCCGGGGUGAUGAUCGAAGGGGAGGGCGGCAUCACCGGGACGGUCCUCACCAAGCGCUGGAUGGAAUUUGACGCGGAAACAAAGUCCGGCCUGAUCAAGACUUACGGCGGAUACGGCGGCUUGUACAGCGCGGCGCAGUGGUCGGGCGGGAACAACUUCUUCGAGAACGGAGUUGGUCCCUUUUUCAACCGCUGCUGCAACCAGAGCUACGGCUUCCAGUUCACGGAGGACUAUCUCAAGGCCACGAUCAGCGUCAAGUUAAACUUUUGCAUCUGCAUCCCCUGCCUGCCGCCGUUUUUUAAGGUGCCCGAAUGUUGCAUCGCGUGCGACAUGGUGCAGGAGCCAGAAGGCCACGGCCCCGACGGCUCGAACUGGAACCGGCGGCAGGCCAUCUGCCCGCUCUGCUGCGGCGGAGAGAUGAAGCACCUCUACUACUUGCAGAAUGUGGUCACGCCAGAUGGGCGCCGGGGCGUCUACUACGACCAGCUCAGCAAGAUCGGACACGCCGAGUAUUACUUCGCGCGCUGAGUGGUUGGCGGAGCGCGUAUUGUUCAUGAACCAUCCACCGAGAGACACGCCCUCGCGCCUCGCCGUUCGUCAAGGGAACAGUUGGGGGGUGGGGUGUCCCGGCCGCCGACUCUGACGUACAUGUCAUCGUCAUCGAUCACAU